AUGGGUACGGCACCGGAGCUGGCGGGCGCCGAUGCUGUCGGCAUCUUGUGGCGACAAGUCUUUGAGGAGAUGGAUGAGCAACUUAAGACGCUCCUGGCACAGGACGCCCAGGAUUUCCGCGCGAACGCUGCACCCUUGCAGUCUCGGGGGGGCCUCCGUAUGGGGCUGGGCACGGGCCGACCGGGCUUGCCUCCAAGGGUGGAUACGAGGCAGUCCCAAAGUGCCGCUGGCAGCCCCAUGAAGCCGCACUUGGAAGCGCUGGCGGAGAGUUUGGAAAAGCUGCAGUGGACGGAACAGCUGGCACAGCUGCGGCACCUUACCAAGAUUCCGGCCAUGGCCCAUAGAGUCUGGCAGCCUCGGCUGGAAAGAUCUGCGGUCGGAAGCGCUGAGCAAAGGACUCAGGACGAGGCCCCACAGGCCCCAGUGGAACGACUCAGAGAUUUUCAGGCAGAAGCCCGAAGCAGGGCUCAAGCGAGACGACGAGACGAAGAAGACAUGCAAUGGCUUGCCGCCAUAACUGCAGCAGAAAAUGCUGAUAGCAGACGAGAGGAGGUUUUUCAACGGGACAGCGACGAGGAGUUUUAUGCUGAGCUUUGGGGGUUGCCUCUUGGAUGA